AUGGUCCAAAAUCAGAAGACUCCUCUGCAACACAACUCCACAUUGUUCAUUUCGCCGCAAAUUAUGGAGCGGCGCCAGAAUAUCUUCAUAACCCCGCCGAACCCCCAGAACAACUUGUUCGAGUCGCCAGGGUCUCUGCUGUCACUGUUCUACAACACCGAGAACGUCAGCGGAAAUCUUCGAAACAACGCCGCUGCGCCCGAUCAGCCAGCUCAGGAGCCCCUCUCAAGAGCAGAGAAGCUUCGAUUGUGGCGCCAUGAUGCCUUGCUGCAGCACCACUAUGAAACCGCAGAGUAUAUUGGAGAUAAGGUGCUUUCACUUACCAACGAUCCCAACGAUGCCUUUUGGCUUGCGCAGGUUUAUUUCAACAGAGAAAAUUAUGUUCGUGCUCACCAGCUACUCACCAGUAAGCCGGAGUUCGAGCAGUCGCUCAGUUGUCGCUAUCUUUGUGCGUACUCCUUGAUUAGAUUGGAGCAAUGGGACGAGGCGCUUGAUUUGCUCGGCGAAACCAAUCCGUUUAAAGACAACAACUACAAGGUUCGGAAUACUGAUGGUGGAAUCCGCCUUGAGGCUUCAAUGUGUUAUCUCCGGGGCCUAGUGUUUGCUAGCCAGAACAACUUCGAACGGGCCAAGGAAGCAUAUAAGGAGGCGGUGAUUGUGGACGUGAAGUGUUAUGAGGCCUUCAACGAGCUCGUCAGCAACUCGUUUCUCUCUCCUAGUGAGCAGUGGAGCUUCAUUAAUCAACUAAACUACGCGGAUGCAGACGACAACGACGAGCUUAUAAAACUCCUCUACACCUCUCGAUUGAGCAAGUACAUGAAUGUGUCCAAGUUCACAGAGGCUGAGUCGAUUCUCCGCGACGAGUAUCGUCUUGGAGGAAACACGGACUUGCUUCAAAGUAGGGCAGACUACUUGUAUGUUCAGUGCAAUUUUGAUGAAUGUUUGAAUGUGUGUGAACUGAUAUUGGACAAGGACCCUUUCAAUUUCAGCUUGCUCCCGAACUAUUUGAGCUGUUUAUAUGAACUAGGAGGUAGAAACAAGCUAUUUCUCAAGGCUCACCAGCUUGCCGAAACUCAUCCUACGAAUCCUCUAACAUGGCUGGCCAUUGGAAUUUACUAUCUCUCGAUCAACAAGGUUAUUGAGGCAAGAAAAUACUUUAGCAAAGCUACAAUGCUCAACCCAAAUAGUGGUCAGGCUUGGAUAGGCUUUGCACACACUUUUGCAAUGGAAGGUGAACACGAGCAAGCCAUCAGUGCAUACGCUUUUGCUGCCAGAUUAUUUCCGGGAACUCAUAUCCCUAAUUUGUUCUUGGGAAUGCAACAUUUGCAAAUGAAUAACGUCAGUCUUGCUGAAGAGUAUUUGCUGGCAUCCUACCAAAUUUGCAACACCGAUCCGGUCUUACUAAACGAGUUGGGAGUUAUCAACUACCAUAAAAAUUCCUUGCAGACUGCGGAAGCGUUCUUCCAGGAGGCGCUUGGGGCUGCCAAGUAUCUCAAUUCUGACUCUAAGACAUGGAUAUCCGUCCAUUUAAACCUCGGCCACGUCUACAGACGUGCAAAUCAGCCGUACAAGGCUUUGGAUUGCUUUACGCAAGCAUUGAAAUUGAGCCACAGAAACAACAGCAACAUCCUUUCUUCAAUCGGACUUGUGCAUUUAAAGCUAGGAAACCAGGAUGAUGCAAUCAUUGCACUCCAUGACGCAUUGGCUAUAACUCCGUCUGAUCCUGUGGCAUCGGACUUGUUGAAGCGGGCUCUCGAGCUCAACAAGAGCAACUCGUCAAUUUUUCUUCUGGAAAUGGAUUCCAAAUUAUCCGAUGUUCUGAUAUCAUCUACGAGGUUUAAAAUGAAAGAGUUCGGUAGAAGAAAGUCCCAGCAUCUCAUGGACAUCACAACUACCAACAAUAAAUUUGCAACUCCACUUGGAAACAAGACGAGAAAUGUUCUUGAGCGUCCUUCCAGAUCACGUACCAAUAGUGCUCAAGAGACAGACUUGGAUGCUUUGGCAGCGGAUUUAAAGAGAGGAGAAAUUUCGAGUGACGAAGAAGUGAUGGAAAUAGAAAGUGACUAG